UUUCAACUAAUUGUUUCCUCUGUUCCAGUUCAGUGGUGCUAUCAGAGCCAGUACUCAUGUGAGGACCAGUGCAGAGAGCCCAGUCAGUGGGACAAAGACUUUCCAGUUUGUGGAGGCCAGAACCAGUCACCCAUUAACAUUGUGACACACAAGGCGAGGCAUGACCCCUGUCUAACCCCGAUCAUCUUCGAAGGUUACACACAAACUCUGAACAUCACUGUGCAGAACCUUGGAAAUACUGCUGUGUUUGCACUACCUCCAUCUUUGCUGAUCCGAGGUGGGGAUCUGCCUGCCACCUACAAGGCCAUUCAGCUGCAUCUACACUGGGGAGUGGAUGAUGGGCCAGGCUCAGAACACACUGUAGAUGGGGAACAGUAUCCCAUGGAACUCCAUAUUGUUCAUAUAAAAGAGCAGUACACAACCCUGAAGGAAGCCAUGAAUGAUAUAGAAGGGGUAGCAGGUCUUGCCUUCUUCUAUCAGGUGUCCACAGAAGAAAACCAGAAAUUCAAUCAAGUGAUUCAGGCUUUGGGAAGAAUUCCAUAUGAUGGGAACACCAGUAUUGUCCCAGAAUUCCGGAUGACUGAUAUCUUGCCUUCGUUGGAGAAGCUUUCCAGUUACUACCGUUACUCAGGUUCGCUGACCACGCCAGGCUGCAAUGAGGCCAUCCUCUGGACCAUCUUCCAGGAGUCUUUUACCAUCAGCCAACAACAGUUGGUGAACGUAACAAAGCAGAUGUGGUUCAAGAAGGGAAAGCCCAUGAUUGACAACUUCCGCCCAGUGCAGAAGCUAAAUGGGCGCAUAGUGUACAAAUCCAUGGCAUGUUCCUGUACAUCAUCAGAACCAGUAAUUCUGUGUCUGUUUCUCCUCUGUAUAUUUGAGCUCAUAGAGGGUAUAUUCACAUAAUGUAUUUGUAUUGUCUUUAUAA